CAGAGGAGACGGAGCCACACGCUGCAUAGAUCACCACACACACAUUUACAUACAUAAACACAUCUGCCGAAGAAAUACAACAGUUUUACAAGCACAAACGUGCUUUUACCUCGUGAAGGAAAAUAAAUAUUUAAAGCGUGUACCGCAAAACGUGAUCUCUCUGCAGCCCGGGGGCUUUAGGAGUCUGCAAGGAAGUCAUCAUGUGAAGAAAAAAAAAAAAAACAAUAUUUGGUAAACGGACAAAAGGGCUGGAUCAUAAGAAAAAAGCUAAAAUCUGAAGGAACGGAAGUAUGGCUGAGGUUUACAGUCAAUGAAGUCUGAGGGGCGUUUUUUAGUGUGACAGAGGUGGAGCUUACUCCACACUGGUGAGUCACAGAGAAACGUUUCUCUGAGGAGGCCUGUGCUUUCGACCCCCCGAAAACCCACCAUCCGCCAGCCAAGAGCUGUUGCUGGCGCAGCACCACAACAUGCAUCUGAAUCCCACAGUCACGCAGGAGCAUCUCACCGCAUGCUAACACUCACGGAGCUGCCAUUCUCAUCUCCUCAGAGCAGUCAAACAAUGGAACAAACCACUGGUGUGAGCGGUAUGUCCGUGGAUGAGAAGUCUGAAGCUCCCAUGUACGUGUAUGAGUCGACAGUGCACUGUGCAAACAUCCUGCUGGGUCUGAAUGAGCAGCGGAAGCAAGGCCUGCUCUGUGAUGUGACCGUGCUGGUGGAGGGAAAGGAGUUUCGCGCGCACAGGGCGAUCUUAGCAGCCUGCAGCGAGUACUUCCUACAGGGCUUCGUCACCCAAAGUGACAAUGAACUGGUUCUCAGCAUGCCAGAGGAGGUCAGUGCCCAGGGAUUCGCUCCAUUGUUGCAGUUUGCCUACACGGCUAAGCUGCUGCUCAGCAGAGAAAACAUUCAGGAGGUCAUUCGCUGUGCUGAAUUCCUGCGUAUGCACAACCUGGAGGACUCCUGCUUUCGCUUCCUGGAGGCCCAACUGCGCAGCGAGGAGGAUGGCCUGCUCCUUUGUCACAAGGUGGCAUCUGAGAGCAAUCAUGCAGAGGAUGAGAGCAUGCAGCCAGAGGUGUUGACGACAUCGACAACUGCAGUGACACUGUCUGGUUCUCCACGCUCCAGUCAUCACACUGAGGCCCUGAACUCGUUGCGACAGCCAGACCAUGAGCGGCUGGCAGCGGCAGAAGAUUUUGCUGAUGGGCAGAUGGACUUUGAACGACAUGGCACCUCCGACCUGCCACGAUGCCCUAAAUACAGGAAGUACCAGUGGGCAUGCAACAAGCACAAUAACAAUGCCUCCUCACACACCAGUACCUCAGGUAUUUCAAGCACAUUCAAGGAGAUGAGCAGGCCAGCUGUGAUGCAAAUCAAGCAGGAGCCACGCAGCGAGGAAGAGUCAAUCUCGCUUUGCCUGUCAGGGGAUGAGCAGGAUGAAAGGGAAAAGGACAGUUUGGCUGAGAUGGAGCUAGACGGUUCUAUUGCAAUGGACCGACUUAAAGGCAGCAGCAAGUCACCCACCUGCCUACAAAAUCUCUUUAAGACGAACCUGCCUAGCACACCCCAGCAGAUAUUUGCAAACAGACUCGUCAAUUCCCAGGACAAAGGAACCACUCAGGGAGACCACAAAAAUGACUACAGGCCUUUGCUCGGCAGCGAGCUUGGCAUGCCUGUGGCAUUCCCCAAAGAUGCUGAUGGUUUCCCACCAGGGAUCUCGCUGAAGUCAGCUUCCUGUGAUGGCGUGUGCAAACAAGAGGUGGAGCUGGACCGCCGCAGUGUCAUCUUCUCCUCAGGGGCCUGUGACCGACUGGGUACACCCACCCACUCUCACCCCAGCGGGAACUCUUUGGAAAAGGAGCUCUCAGAAAACAUGCCAAAGGGACUGUGGGCUGGCGCAAGCCAGUCCCUCCCUAGCUCCCAGACCUACUCCCCCAGCACCACAGCCAGUGACCCACCCCUGCUCUGCCGCCAAAGGCCCAACACCAGCUACCCAGUGCCAAUCAAGGUAUGCCCACGAUCGCCCCCUUCAGAGACCCGCACCAGAACCUCCAGUUCCUGUUCCUCAUACUCUUACGCUGAAGAUGGGAGCGGUGGUUCUCCCUGCAGUCUGCCACAGUUUGAGUUUUCUUCCUCGCCAUGCCCCAACGUGACACGAUGUCUCACUGCCGAUCCGCAGGAGUCAGGCGGUGGAACGGAGGCGCUAUUUGCACGGGUGCGGCCCAAGAUAAAGUGUGAGCAGUCCUAUGGAACCAAUUCUAGUGAUGAGUCAGGGUCCUUUUCAGAGGGCGACAGCGAAUCAUGUUCUGUUCGGGAACAAGGCCCUGAGGUCAAGCUUCCUUUCCCUGUUGAUCAAAUCACAAAUCUUCCACGCAAUGAUUUCCAAAUGAUGGUGAAAAUGCACAAGCUGACCUCAGAGCAGCUGGAAUUCAUCCACGAUGUGCGCCGACGCAGUAAAAACCGCAUUGCAGCCCAGCGCUGCCGCAAAAGGAAACUGGACUGCAUCCUCAACCUCGAGUGUGAAAUUCGCAAACUGGUUUGUGAGAAGGAGAAGCUGUUGACGGAGCGUAACCAGUUGAAGGCAUGUAUGGGAGAGCUAUGGGAGAACUUCUCCUGUCUGUCUGAGGAGGUGUGUCGAGAUGUGCAGCUGAGCCCAGAACAGGUCCAUCACUACUGCCCCAUACUGCGUCCUGGCAACGCCACCGGCAACCAGACCCUGCCAACCGGCAGCAUUGACCUCACCACUUGCUCCACCCCCGAACAGAGCUUCCUCAAAUCGGCCACCACAACAGACAGGAAAAAGCGACCGGGGUCAGCCCAGUGGAAGACCGGAAACGGGCCAGAAAAUGCAGGCAAUGAUGGGGAGGAGCAAGAACCUGGCUCUGCCUACCUUGAGGCGGGGCUUUCCCUGGAACAGUCCAAUCAGACAGUGACAGUAGACUUCUGUCAAGAGAUGACAGAUAAAUGUACAACCGACGAACAGCCCAGAAAGGACUGUACCUAAUGACGGUGGAUUCUCUGUGUUUGUUUGUUUCUUUUAUGAUGUUUUUUUUUUUUUAUUAUUAUUAUUUAAUUUAGUUAUGUCUUCUGACAUACCCUCAAAACUUGAGGGCUGUUGAGAUGGCCAGCCUCUGCCAGUGUUUUUUAUUUUAUUUUAUAUAUAUUUAUGUCUUUUAUUGUCUUUUUUAAAACAAAGGUUGACACUACAGUUGUCUUAACAGCAGCAAUACUGUUCUCCAGGUUCUCGCUCUUUUAGCCAGUGGCUGAGACCUUCUCACAGAACUUCAAAUGGUGCUAAACCUUUCCAUGACGGUGACAUCUUCUGUGGCCUCACUGUCUGUUUCCUAUUACAGUCCAUUCAAAUGUGAUGGGGACUGACCACAUCUCAAAUUCAGACCUCUCCGGACCUAGCAGCAGCUUUUCGUUCUAUCUCUUACCCCCUCCCACCUCCAUUCACUGUUCCUUCCCUCUACCUCCAGAUAUCGCUUUCUCUCUUUACUCUCUCUUUGUGGCCCUUGUCACAGUAACUUCAAACUCAGGAAAUAUUCUGAAUGUUCAGUAUAAUUCAUAAAAAAUAAGAAUACAGAUUCUGUAUACUUAAAAGAUUUUUUUUCUACAGCAGCUAGACUGUAAAUGUCCAUAUGCAAAAAUGUCUUCUGCAUCAUACGUUUGUAGUGUCUGUGUUACCACAACACUUAAUUUGUACAGACGGUGGUAUCUAAAAACAUUCCUUCUUUGCCUUCCACAGCACUGAUACGAAAGUAAGAUGGAAAGACAGAUGAGUAAAGAAUGAUUCAAAUAAUGGUUUAGCCACCUUUUGCAUCAGCAAUACUGUACAAUUUGGAUGUUUUUGAGAAUAAUUUACUAAGUGCUUGCUUCACAGAAAGUGUAUUGUAAAUACUAUGGAGCAUGAAGACAGUCUGAGUAAUAUUGUACAGGUAGAAACUUAGAUGGUUUAUUUGUUUUAUUUUUUUUCUCUCUCUCUCUGGGGUUGGAUCAAGCACCUUUUGUCACAAAAGGAAAAUCGUCGCUGUUUCCUGUCUCAUAUGAAUUCCCCACAACAAUGGGCGUGCUUAAACUCAGGAAACGAGCAUUGUUACACUCACGCAUCCACACGCAUGCACAGACACCCGCACACAUGCUCACAUAUGAAAGGAACACAGUCCCUCAGUGCAGUGCAUAGAGCCCCAUGCAUGUAAUUUGGAUGUUAAUGGUGUGGACGAUGUCAUGUGCAUAGUGACCUCACCUCCACUGGUGAGCUAUUCUUGAUUAAAUGUGAAAAGUGUCCCAGCUUGAUGUGCUUUUCCGAGAAAACCCUAUUUGUUAUCAGUAUUUACAGCUGCUGCGCAUGGGCUGCUGUGCUCACAGACACCUCUUGGAACAAUUUCAGUGUUAUGUUAGAAAACGUCUUCAUAAAAUGACACCCUUUCAGUCUCAGGCCGACAGAGGUCAGUGGAAGGACCCUGCCCUCACCUGCGGCACUUUCUCUCUUUCCUCUCUCAGCACUCUUUGACCGUUUAGCACUUCUGAAAGGGUAGAUUUCAUUUUCAGGACACUGAAAAGUCUGAAACUGAAGCACUUAACACGGACGCUUAAAAGCGUCUCUCCAGGCAGGUUAUCUGAUACGUUUUAGUGUUCAUAUACAUUUAUAUGAAUGACAUAAAAGCAUUUUCAGGAAUUUGAUUCAUUUGCAUCAUUUAAUAAAAAUAUUUAAAGUUCGAUAUCGCAAUAGGAGGGUGUUCACAUCAUAUAUUUAUGGAAGACACUAAAAAAGCCGAAAAAAUCGGACAAUUGGUUGGAAUAAACCCAUUCUUUAAAGAUGUCCUAUAUAUUUCCCUUAAUUGUACAUUUGUUAGACAAGUAUAUCCAUACUAAUGGGAUUGCAUGCUGCCUGUAUAUUUUAUAUAGUUUGUUUAGACUUUCUUUACCUCAAGAUGUAGUCCUCAUAAAAAUGGUUUUAAUCCCGACGAGUUUACUCUGGUUUCAGUGAGCAAAAAAUUACUUGGAAAAACUGAUUAAAAUGGUUUAUGGUUACAAAGACAAUCCCAGCUAUUUUUUAAAGAUCUAAUGUGACACAGUUGGGAAUGCCAUUUGUCCCCUAGUGCUAUAUGUGUGCGUGCUUGUGUAUUUGUGAGUCUGAUGGUUUGAUAUUGUUUGAUAUUCAGACGCAUUUCAAGUUCUCAGACAUACAUACCUUACUUUCUCCCUCUCGUAUGCAAGGCUCAUGUACACACAUGCACAUAUGUAUUAACAUACACAAGCACACUCACUCAUGCUGGCUGGCUUGUCCUCUCCUUGGGGUAUAGAAUCUAGAGGUGUUGUGAUGGAUAGUUGUGCUGUUGUUUUUCAUGUGGAUCUGUUCUUUCGCUCUUUAUCUCUCACUCUGUCUUUCUCUCUUUUUCUAAAGAAAUUUAAACAGUAUUUGCCAUUUCUAAAUUGUAAUCAGGUACAAGACUAGGACUAAAGAUUUAUGGGUCAAGGUGGACAUUUGUGUACACAUAUGCAAAUCAUCCCUAUAAUCAGGGCCGUAGCAAGGUAAUCUGGGCCCCCUGACUGUAUAUUGCUCUGGGCCCCUAGAAUGGUUACUACCUUUCAUCCCACUAGCUACGGCCCUGCCUAUAAUUAUAUUUUUGUUGCUAAUCUCAUGUUGUAUAAAUAAUGAAUAAUGAAACAUGGAAAGAAUGAAUUUCCAUUGACAAGCACACUGUCGUACACUCGAGAAUCUACAUCCACCUUUGAGAUGAAUAAACAGUUUUGACAUUUCUAGAGGGGGAAAAGAGUUUCCACUCGCAACAACAGGCAUUCAAAAAAUUUCCGCCGAUACUCCCAAAUCCACUCUUUAUGAUCUUAGCUGUUUGUGUUCCUCAGAUAGCAAUGCAUUUGUUGUGUAUUUGUGGGCUGUACAUGAUAUUACUGACUCCUCACACUGGCCUUAAGAGCCUGGGGAUCUUUUGGUUCAGGCUGACAUUUCGAUGCAGAUGUGGACGGUUAGAAGAGAUGGUUAGACUGGAAGUUUGAUCACGUGACGGUGGAAUUCUAAUCUUUGUUAGCCUCUGCUCCUAAACGCUGUGUCAUGUUUGCCUCCAUGGUGACUUUAAGGGUUCAGCAUGGUCACCCGGUUAUAGAAAGCCUCACAGGUUUAAGUAAGUUUAUUAGCUCACCUCUCAACAACACUUUUGCUAGUUUUUGUUGUUUUACUGAGGUUUUUAUUUUCUUAUCAGACUCGUGGUUGCUCUUGUAUCUUGUCUCAGGGUGUGUGCCAACAGUUUUUUAUUCGGUUUUCAGAUCUACUUAAACAUUUCUGAUGGUAGCUGGUGAGCUCAGCUUUCUUUCUCAUCAUAUUUUUUUGUAUCUUGCUUAUUUGUGUGUGUCUUUUGAUUCUUAUAAAGCUAUUGGGUGAUUAGUAUGAUUUUUUUCAUGUUUCUAAUCUAAGAAUAAUUGAUGCAUAGAGAGAUAAAAAAAAUAAAAAAAAUCGAUUUGCACAAUUCUUUCGGAUGAAAACCCACCAAGGGCUAUGGGAUAUCUCAAAAUAAAUUCCAGCAAAUAGUUUUUGGUUUUAAAUUGGCUGCUAGAGCUAAUCUGUUUCUAAGCUAAACUUUCAAUCUGCAGUUUGCAGUCAGCUAAAAGCAAAUGCAUAUUCUAAGUAUAUUUUAAGCUGCAGUAAAUGUAAUUCAGUAUCGAGUAUCAAUACUGUAAAAGAAAAUGCCCUCUUCUUCGUAAGCUGUUUUGAAUUCAAAUUGUUGUUUAAAUUGUUCUUUUUGUUUUGUUUGUGCUGCUUCUCUGAAAUAUUAACACUGGCGUUCCAAAGGUUGCUCUUUUGACAAGGAUAAAAACUUGCCUUUUUUCACAAUUAGCUUAACUUUAUAAAACAUUUGGUAUUCCGACUGAACACACAAGCUGAACUCAUCCAAACAGCGAAACAAAAAGGCAAAAUGUUUACAAAAAAAAAAAAAUGUCAUGUUUUUAUGAGAAUUUUACCAUGUACAUAGAAAUUGUGAGGAUAAUUUAAAUGGGUAGUUUUAGUAUUCUAUCUUUGUUUUUGUAUGUUUUUAAAAGAUUAAAGAGAAAUGGCAGUUUGAGAACUAUGCUCCUUUUCCUCAAGUUGUCUUUUCACCCGACGGGGAUGCUCAAGUGUACCAUGAAUACAAAGUGCACCUCCAACUUUGCCUUAGAACUUACAGAGGCCAUAGUUCACAUUCAAGUGAAGUGCAUAUGCAGGGGCAAUGAGCCCCCAUAUUUCGGCUAGCAGAGCGGACUCUUUCUCACACUUAUCUACCUGUGAAAUCCUUCAUACCUCUCAUAAUUGGUCAAUGACUGUAUCAGCAAACUGCAUCAGGUGUUUUUUCUACAUACUUUUUACACAGAUUAUAUGGAUUAUUGUAUUGGUAGAUUUUGGUGCAUCAUUUUUAAUGGAUUAGCUUAUUGGCUUGUAGUCACAAACGUUGUUUUUCUCUCACUCUUUAUCUCUUUUCUGACUCUCUUUGUCUAAUUUUUUUUCUAGGAAAAAAUAUUGUUAAUAUUGUCAAUUUGAGGUAGCUGUUUCUUUGCUUUUUCUGUACUAAGAGUUUUUCCUUUUUUUCAUUUUGAAAUGCUACAUGACCCUAAUGAAUUUAAUGACUUCAAAACCAUUGUACAUACAGUAUUGUGCAGGACUCAUUUUCAUGCAUUUCAAUUGCUAGUGUUAUAUAAAUUACAAAUUUUGUCUAGACACCAUUUCUGUUUAUGAAAUAAAGAAACAUAUCAUGUA